AUGGAGUCCAAACUUCAUCCGGCUCUCACCGUCUCUAACAUCAAAACACAUGUUCCAAUUCUUUUGGAGAAAGAUUCAACACACUAUACCACCUGGAAAACUCUAUUCAAGGUGCACUGUCAGAUUUACGAAGUGCUCGACCACUUGUCUCCCAAACAGCCCGCUCCAAAAACUGCAGCCGAACCUUCUGAUGCAGCCGCUUCCGCCAAGGAUGAAGUCGCCGCCCGUGCGGCUGAAACUUUAUGGACACAGCUAGACGUUGUGGUUCUCCAGUGGAUCUACGCCACCAUCUCUGCGCCUCUUCUUCACAUAAUCUUACAACCAGGUCAGACCGCUCAUGAUGCUUGGUCAGCCGUUGAACACGAAUUUAAUGAUAACAAAAAUACUCGAGCCAUCUUUCUCGGCCAAGAGUUUGCUAACCUGUCACUUGAAAAUUUCUCCAACAUGGCUGAUUAUUGUCAGCAUGCGAAGCACCUUGCCGAAUAA